AUGAGUAAAAAACGCGAAAAAAACACGUCUCAUUUCCCAAGUUUUCAAACAGCAACAAAUUUACUUAGUUCAUCAGAUAACCCUAUUAACAAUUCUAAUAAUAUUGACAAUAUUCAAGAUGCCGCACAAAUUAAAGCUUCUUACUAUCGUGAGAAGGCAAAAGUCAAAAAUACUGAAAAAUCUACUAAAAGUUGGUCCACAAAGUUUGAAGAAUUUCGUGCUUGUGCUGGUUAUUCAGUUCCUUUAACUGAUCUUAAAAAUAUUUCUCAGCUUCAAAAACAAAUUGUAGAAUUUAUCUCUACAAUGAAAAUGAAAAAUGGUAAUGAAUAUAAAGCAACAUCAGUUAAGCAAUCUGUUGACGCACUUAAUAGAUAUCUCCUUCAUCUUUCACCUAUUCCACAAAUAAAUUUACAUGACAAAUACAUGUUUCCUGAUUUACAUGAUGUUUUACAUGGAAAGUUUCGUGAUCUUCAAGAACAUGGCUUUGGUGAAACAUUGGGUUCAGUUGCUAUUAACUCUCAGCAAAUUCAACAAAUUUUACAACAUCCUAAAAUAACUACAGAUAAUCCUGAAGGCCUUUUGUAUCGUGUUUUUUUUUGUCUAUCAAUAAUACUUGCUAUGCGAGGAGGAGAGCAUUAUCAACUUAAAAUUAAUCAAUUUAAAUCUGAUGAAAAUGCUAUUCAAGAAUAUCCUGAGUCAGCUGCACAUUUUUUCAGAAGGUUAAAUCCAUAUGAUGCAGCUGAUUCCUUACUUUCCAACUGGAUAUUUCCCAAAGGGUUGCCAAAUAUUUUUAGAAAGCAUAGAUUAACUCCUUAUGUUAUGGUUUAA